CAUCCCCCAUCUUCUUCCCAAAGCUUCAAUCCAGUCUGCCUGUCCCAGGUCGGCCCUGGAAUUCCGGGCGCAUUGCCAAACAGAACCUCGUGCAUCGCCGGCUGUCAUGGCGGGCACUCCCGAUGCCUCGAUGGAGGAGAUCCUCUGGCGAUCCCCGCCUCACGUCCAGAUGAUGGGAGGGUACCUCCACUCCAACAACAUCCUUUUCUAUUUCGCCGAGUCGCCCUUCUUUGACCCCACCUCGAACAACGCCUCCCUCGCCAUCCAAGCCAACUACAAUGAAGCAUUCCGGCAUUUUGUCGAGACGCGAGAGGCCUUCGAGGGCCGGCUCAAGACCAUGCAGGGCUUGGAGUUCGUGGUCUCGUACGAUCCAAUCCAGGCCGCGGCGCUCCCGGACGGCCGUUUUGCCUUCGAGCCAUCCAACGUCUGGGUGAUUCGCAAGCAGAGCCGACGCAAGCGGACCGGUCACGAAGACGAGGUGGAGGUGCUAUCGACCUUCUUCAUCGUCGGGGACUGUAUCUACAUGGCGCCCUCCGUUGCGAGCGUCGUCGGGAAUCGCAUUCUGUCUGCAGUCACAUCGCUCACUAGUCUACUGAAGACGGCGUCUACCCUACCUAGCUUCACACCAUCGCAUGGCCAUACCUACCUGCCACCCGCGCCCAAGGCCGCAGACGCAAGCCAGCCCGGAUCGCAAUUGCAACAGAGCAAGGAGAACACGCCCAUGCCGGACGCUGAUGCGGCGGCGAAAGCCCCGCUUGUCGGGGCUGCAUCGAGCAUCCAGGAUUCGCGGACAUUCGCGGAGUCACUCAGUCUGUUUUCGCGGUAUGGGGAGGAAUUUAUGGACGAGCAUCCGCUGGUGGGAGAGCCCGGCUCUUUCAUCCUCUCCCGGGUGACUGAUGCCGAUCGGUCCUCGUCAGCCAAAACGGGGCCGAACGCUGGGGCGAUUAAUGCAGCAGGGAGGGUUGGAACACCGCAGGUCAAGGUUGAUACACCGGGGAAGGCGUCCGAGAAGGGGGUGGCUACACCAUCGGGCUCCGAUGAAAGCAAGAUGCGGAAGAAGAAGGGCAAGAUGGGGAGCUGAGCGUGGGAGGGGGAGGAGGAAUUAUAUGAUACCCUAUUGAAUUGAGAGCCGAAUUCUCUUCAUUUCCGGUCUGCAGCUGGCUCGUCCGAUGGGCAGAGUGGCCUUCAGAGUCCGGACUGAGCAUCCUCUGUACAUAGUCACCCGCAGAGACGGCCAAUCAGCCGAGGAAAAGUACAGCCAGCUAGCCUGAUAGACCAGGCCAAUCUUACACGCCCUUGUGAGUCAUCGCAUGUCGUCGGGUCUGCCUGCCACCCAUUCAUCCAUCCUAUAAAUCAGUCCGGGUUGGAACCAAACCCCAAAGUCUGGGCAGCCGACCCUCUUCACGAUUACAUCACUGAUCCGUGAUCACUUGCAAAAUACUCGCUCUGACGUGACUCUUCGCUCCCUCCUGUCUCCCAGACACCGUCCUGCCUCGUUGCCAGAGAGUCACCAUGAGUUCUGAACCCGUCAAACCCGC